AUGCCGCGCGGGUACCCCAACCCCAAACCGCCCUCUGCGUCGUUGCGCAAGCCCGAUGGCAAGGUGCGGCGCUUCUUCUCGAAAGUAACCCCACUCCCGCCAUUUUUGCAGGUAGCCGCUGUACCCUCGUCACCACGCCCAAUCACAAGUGAACGGGUCCUCGCUGCGCUGCAGCCCGACUCGGAAGUCGUGGACGCUGCCAAGACCUUUGUGAAGGAGAAGAUGGGUGACGACAAGUAUGAGGUGGUGGCCGACAAGCCUCCCGUCACGCGGACAGCGACGACAACCGGCGCUGUCAUCAGGAAGCCUAUCCCCCCCGGCAAACUGGCCGCCGUGAAGCCUGCAACUGCAAAGGUCCCUGGUCGCAGAGGUCGGCCGCCUGGGAAACUGCACAAUGUUUUAUCUGCGAAAACCGUUGUCAAACGAUUGACGGGUGGCGCACAACUCAGAGGGACGGUCGCCUCACGGUUGAAGGUGAACGCGCGCACGAGACAGAAGGAGGAGCCGGUGACUCGAAAGAGCACAUUGCGAUCGCACACAACGCCACAUGUGACCGAUUCCACACCAGCUCCGCCGUCAGCUGUCUCCCCUCCUGUGCCGUCCGUGUCCAGCUCCAGCACAGCCCCUGCCGCCGAGGUCACGCCUGUCCCCACGAUCAAGUUAUCCCUCAGUCUCAAUCCCGGGUCGGGUGCUGAGGGCAUCACUGUCGGCUCGCAGGAAGUCAGAGAGGCCAACCCAGCUAAGCGCAAGGAGUAUAUGGGGGCAGGGCUAUACUGCCAAGACGAAGACCCACCUGAGGAGGCGCAGCUUGUCGAGCGCGUUCUGCACCACAAGGGAAUACGGAAGCCUGGUCGACCUCGCAAAUCCAUUCAGUUUCUACCACCGAUCCCCACCCCCGAAGGCAUGGAGCCGUCGUUCCCACCAUUUCCACUCGACCACGGUUAUCGGAUGUUUUUUGACAAGGAGGUUGAGUUUCGGCUGCCUUACAACAUCAUGUGGGAACGUAACAGUGGCGCACUGGACGGUAAGAAGCGCCCGCCAUCGUUUGGAAAGCUUAGAACAAACCAGUUUGUGGAACGGUCCAAGCGCGUGGCAGAGCGCGCCGUCUGCAAGUGCGAUCCCAGCUCGGACUGCGGUGACAACUGCAUGAACAGACACAUGAACUAUCUCUGCGGCAAGGACUGCCCAACUGGGGAACGGUGCACCAACAAGAGCCUGACUCGACGUCAACAGAAGGCGUACCGUGUGGUUUGGACAGGCUCCCGAGGGUUUGGAAUGCAGGCAGGCGAGAACAUUGCGGAGGGCGAGUUUGUCUUGGACUACCGUGGAGAGGUCAUCGACAUGGAGGAGUUCUGCAAUCGCAUUGACGGCGAGUACAAGGGCACGCGCAACUUUUACGCUCUCCAUUACGAUGGUGUCGAGGUUGUCGACGCGGGUAUGCGUGGCAACGACGCGCGGUUCAUCAACCACGGCUGCAGCCCCAAUCUCGAAGUGCGCAAGCUCGAGACUCUGGGUGAUGGGUUUGAGGAGUAUGAGAUCGGUUUCUGGGCCACUCGUGACAUCAAAGCUGGCGAGGAACUCCUCUACGAUUACAACUUUGAGGCGUUCUCGGUCGGCGAGCUGGCCAACGACGAAGUCCGUGUGCGUUGCCAGUGUGGUGCGUCUAACUGCGUCGGUUUCCUUGGCCGUCGGUCCGGCGAGAAGUCUGCCAAGGAGCUGGCGAGGGACAUGGGACGCCAGACCGAGGUCCGUGGCAAGCGCAAAGCAACACCUGGCGAGUUAGUUAGACCUCUCUUCGCCAAGCGCGGCCCCGGACGGCCUCGGAAGGACAUGCUCAUGCCUCCUCCUCCGCCUCCUCCAACCGCCGGCUCGAGUGCUGGACCGAGCGCUCCGAGCACAUCGAUUGCGAUUGACGCGGCUCAUGCAACGCCCAUCAAACGCAAGCCAGGCCGUCCUCGCAUACACCCCCUGCCGGAUCCCAACGUGCCCAGGCGCAAACCCGGACGCCCGCGUAUCCACCCGCUACCUGACCCGAGCGUGCCGCGACGCAAGCCUGGUCGCCCACGCAAGCAUCCGCCAGUUGUGCCUACUACUACCACUGCUCCAGCGCCACGCGUUUCUCCCAAGUCCUUUUGGGACUCUGGGUCUGCGCCUGGACCUAAAGCUAACCCCACGCUCGCUUCAGGCUCUGAAGCUGUUAGCAAAACUGUUACUGCUCCAGCUGUAAUGGUGACUGCCAGUGCUGGAGUUGCUGCUGUGGCUUCAGAGGCCGCUUCCGACCCAACCCAGACGCCCACGACCGGUCCAGAUGCAUCUAUCAAGAGAGAAGUGAUAGAGUCAGAGCAGCAUGAGUCUGAGGCAGGCCCUAUCGGCGUCGGUGCAUCCAACAAGCGAUCUGCACCCUACGCCAAGUCUGCACCGUUCCUCAAGAAGAAGAAGCCCGGCCCAGGCCGCCCUCGCAAGUACCCCCUUCCGUCACCACCGCCCGGAGCGAAACGUGGCCCUGGUCGGCCCCGCAAGAUCCGCAACCCAGAGGACGAGCUCCCUGUUCUGGGUCCGCGUAUCACGCCGAAGCAAGCCGAGAAGGCAAAGCGCAAUGGUGCGCCUGCGGGUUGGGCCUUUGUCCCAGUCGUACAUGGAGCACAGCCUGUGGCACAGCCUGCCCCUGCCCCUCCACGUGAGCCCACCCCUCCUCCAGCCUCCAACCGCGCGCUGCGAGCUGCGCGCCUGUCCUCUGUGCGCCAGGACACCCCAGGGGCGUAA